UGUCACAGGCGGUCUGCGGUCACGAGGUGGUAGUGGUCAGGUGCUUCGCGGAGUGCCUUCUGCUCUCAGUGUCUCAGUCACCGAGUCACCGUGUCUCACCGUUCAGCGCACAGUUCAGCGUGAGUUCGCGUUCGUUCGACCUGGCCUCAACUCCGACCUCCGGGAUGACGGGAAAGCCGAGCGGCGGCCUGGUCCGCGCAGCGCCGUUCCUCGCGCUGUUCGCCGUCGUCGUCUGUCACUUGGACUCGGUCCGCGCCUGCACGCCCGCCGUGAUCUGGUGUCCGCACGAGGACUACGAGAGUAUCUUACAGAAGUAUAGCUUGUGGGGGGCCUACCGAGUGGUGUUGUCGAACCCGCUGCACAAGCUGAAUUCCGAAUAUUUCCUGGGUGGCCUGGUCGAGCUCAACGUCACCGAGCCGGCGAUCAUCGCCGAGGAGCUGUGCGUCGAGGAUCUGCGGAACAGCAAGGUGCUGUCGAACGCCGUCAACGGUUCAAAGAUCAUUUAUUUCCCAUGUGUCAUCACGCCGGACGUAGUUUACCGGAAGAUUUACCGGAUUUACGAGAUAAAAACGAUAGAAGAUAUGAACGAUGAUCACGAGCUCAACAUGGCCCUGAAGGACAUCGAUUCGAAUUCGUGCAUAGCGAUUACGGGAAAGCAGUGCCGUUACAGCUACGCCGAACGGAUAAAGAGAGAAGCGGUUGCGGACAAUUCUACGGAGUUCAAGAUAAAAACAGACAGAAUUAUUCUGUAUUCCGCUAAGCCACUGUUGUUCAGGGCAUCUGACAAGUCGGAGCAUGUGGAACUUGUUCAAUCCAAAGUCUCCGGAGCAUCAAGUCGGAGCACCAAGGAUGAGAAAACUGUGAUCUUGGCCAUCAAGUUCGCCGGUGUCGAGAACAUCGGCGAUAUGACACUUGAGUUCUUCUUCCAGAUCAAAAGCGUCGGCUACUACACGCUGAACAGAGUGAAUUACGAGACGAGCAACAAUGGAGAACUGUUUACCAGGCGGGACAUUUCCUUCCCGUUCAAUUUCUCUUAUCAUUGCACGCCGAAAACUGUAUUCUCCGGAAACGGCUCCGCGUACUUGAGCAUCUCGGAUAUGCAAGUACAAGUCGAUCCCAAGAACGUGACGUUCAGUGAUGCGUACGACUGCGUCGGUUUUACCAGUAUACCGAUUUGGACGGGAAUAUUCGUUACGGCGAUACUGGGCAUGAUUAUGAUAUGGGCGCUGACUAUGAUCAUGGAUAUCCGUACGAUGGACAGAUUCGACGAUCCUAAGGGGAAAACUAUUACGAUCUCCAGCGCGGAAUAGAAUAAUAAUGGAAACUUAUAAUGCAAUUAUAGGUAUUGAGUACUCGUGCGAAACUUUAUCACAAUUAUCGUGUCGAUUGUUCAAGAUAACGAUUAUCGUCUUGAACAUUUAAUUCCCCGAUUUGAGUGUCACACGUUUUCACAGAAACCGAGAGAGUAUUUAGUAGUAAUGAUAAUACUAGUCUCAUUACGAAGAACUUUCGCUCGAUGUAUAAAUAUAUCAUUCCUUUGUAUAAUAUUAUCUUACUUUCGAUAUUUAUAUAUUGUUCGCUAUUGUACGUUUGCUGUUUGUAUGAUAUAAUGGUUAUGAACUUCUUAUGUUAGUCCUUAUGCGUAUGGAAAGUUCUAAAAUCCUUCGAGUGAGUGAAAAUAGCACAAUAUACAUAUAUCAUAUUAAAGAUAUAAACGGAAAGUGUUCUUUGAAACAGGAAUAUCAUAAGCAGUAGAAAAAUAAAUUAGCCAUGUAAACUCACGGUGCAACCGAGACAGCUGCGUUAUUGCCCGUUAUAGCGCAAUGUAAUGUUUUAUUAUUUCAAAAAACGAUAGUAAAAAAAGGCGGAUUGUGAACCGAGAACCGUCACACGGUAGGCGAAUAAUUUCUACUGGAUAAACGCCUUCUAUAUGCCUGUACAAGCUUCCUUGUUGAUAAGAGUUUGUAAAAAAUAUGUAACAUAAGCUAUAUAAUAUAAAUGUUUAAUAUAAUGUAUAAGACAUACAAUAUAAACGUCCUGUAAAAUUGA